UUAAUUUUUCAAUUCAGCGUUGACCUUUUCCAGGAGAUUUAUAAAUUAACUAUACAAAACCGUGUUUAAAUGUCAAUUAUGUACGCGUAAACGAAACAUAUCAUACACAAGGUAUAUUUAACUGUAGUAGUGUAAUGUGAAUAUCGAUGAAGACGAGCGAUGUUUGGGAGGAAGGGGAAGAGACGGCGAUGAGGGUAAUGUGGGUGCUGCUGGUGGUGGGGAUGGUGGGGGGAGUGGGGGGGAGUGAGUUCCCGGAGAGGGAGUGCUGCGACCCGGUGUACCCGCCGAACACGGCGACGACCGCGGCGGCGCCGGUCACAGUUCCUGUCAGCAAGGCAGCAGGGCCGUACAUAGGGGAGAAAGGAGUACCCGGAGUAAAGGCGAUGGCGAUCCUCAACUGCCUGCUGGCCCGCCAGCUGUGCUUCGAGGACGCCUCGUGCUCCGCCAUCCUUGAGAUCAUCCCGCGCGUCUGUGGCUCCGAACUUGUGGCAUGCUCGACGGUGACGGUGACCAAGUGCCAGGCGGCGCUGCGGACCCUGCAGGCGUUCCCGUUCUUCAAGCCGACCUGCCUCUGUCGCGAGCCCAACGUGGACCCCGAGUGCAACUCCUUUCGCGACUUUCUGUUUGAUCAUCCUUGCGUCUUCGUCAUGAAGAAGGAGAAAGACCCCUACCCCGUGGAAACCCUGCCGACUUGCACAUACGCCCUGAGUGUCUGCCACAACGAGAAAGCCUGCUCUGUACUGUUUGACCGCUUCAAGAACGCUUGCAAGGCCCGUGAUGGGGAGUGUCGUAUGGAAGACCGAGAGGCCUGCCGCGAGGCCUGGGCCGGCCUCCGCCUGUCCCCCCUCUUCGGCUGCAUCUGCCCCAACACGCACAUGAAGAAACGCUGCGAUCGCAUCUUCGCCGUCGUCAACCACAACCCCUGCGUCGUAAAACUGAUGUCGGACGGCCGGAACCCGAACCGGACGGGGGCCGGCGUGACCUCGUGGAUCGGGGGUAUGUCCAUAACACAGGAUGGGAACCUGAUCGCCCCCGACAAAAUAAUCAGCCACGUCCAUCGAUACGCAAGCCCCCACUACAACCCCCACGGACACCAUUACCACCGCUGGAACCACGAGCCGGGGGGAAGUGAAGAUCCGCUAUACGCCACAAAGACCGUCUACGGACCAGGAUAUAUUGAUGAGAACCAGAGGAUUGGCAAAGAGAACGGUAAAGCAGGUGACGACAAGGUGGCGCUCCAAUCGACAUGCCACGUGGCCCUGGAGACCUGCAUCAAGGACAACGAGUGCUCCACGACCCUGGAUCCUGUGCUGCAGAACUGCCACGCGACCAACUGCGACCGGGAAGGCUGUAUGGCGGCGCUGAGGGGGUUCUAUAGGAAGCCGGGGGUGCAUUGGAACACGGAGAUCGCCUUUUGCCUGUGCAAGAAAACUGUCAACAAGGAGGACUCAUGCAUGCGUGCCCAAGAACAACUCCAUCCGUCUUGUGCCCAACGUCCACCCUCGGGACAGCCGCUACCAGCCUGCCACACUCUCGCCCAUGCCUGCCGCGAGGAACCCGAGUGCAGACUUCGCCUAGAGAACUACGAGCAAUGGUGCGCCGUGGACGCCGUGACUCAAGGCUGCGCGGGCGCACCCGCGGCCUGCCGCGCCGCCGUGCUAGCCGUGCUCGGGACUCAACUGCGGGCCGCUUGCGCGUGCAGGGGCACGGACUUUGCGCAGCUGUACGAUUGCCUCGGCUGGCAGAGGCUGCUGUGGCUGAAUCCUUGCGUCGUGGAAUCCCAGAGCGACUACCACGUGAAGACCUACGGCAAUAUGAUCACCACCUCACUCUACGACGACGGUAUCGUCACCGUGGCGCCCGCGCCGGCGGUACACCACACCACCAACCACCACCGCCACACCACCCACGUGGCGCAGGUCGUUCCUCCUCAACCACAGGAUAACCGCCUCAGCCCGAUCACCACCCGCUCCGACCAGACCAUCCGCCCCGAAAUCCCGGAGGAGAUCUCCGAGCCCGUCGCCCCGGUCAUCAUCGAGACCACCGAGGCCCCCACCACCACUACCACAACCACUACCACUACCACUACGACUACGACUACUACGACUACAACUACGCCUCGACCGACGACGACGCUGGAGCCGACGAAGUAUUGUAUAGUGAAGAAGCCUGAGAGCGAUGAUGAGGCGCAGUAUAUUAAGAUGGGGGAGACCAGGAGGCUGUACCGCUCCGCCGAGCUCGCCGAAUGCACGGACCUGUGCGUGUGCGAGCACAGUCUGCAAGUGUCCUGCAAGGUGGCUUGCGUGCCCCGGGCGCCGUGUUCCUCCCGCCUCGCACAUUACUCGCACGCCGCGCCAGCCUACCAGGCUUACAGAGGACGGUGCUAUUGCUACUCGGGCUCGUUCAUCUGCAUGAGGCCUAAUCCUGGAGAAUACAAGCUCCCCGAAGGCGUGUACUUGCUGCUCGGGUUCAGCUCGGUGGACGAAGCCCUCCUGCGACCGCACACCGGGCUAGGGGCCGAGGAUGCUGUCAGGUUGCUGCAGACUUACUUGCAUACGGUGCAGCGAGAGACGAACUGCACCCUGACGUUGUUCAACAUCAGCAACGAGAACGUGAUCAUCUCGGCUAGCGUCCCCGCCAAGGAGCAGGACGCGCUCAAGGAGGCCGGGGAGCCCUUGCUUGACAAGGAAAAGGAGGAGUGCAUCGACGUCCUAAAGAUCGUCAAAGCUCGCAUCAACUCCCAGCACGAGGACAUCUCCUCCCACCUGCUCCUAUCCAUCUUCAAGAUCGCCGAGGUGGACGUGGUGUACCCGACUCCCCCCAGCUCCGCCAUCGCCGCCACCAGGCCCAUCAAGGACCUCUACAUCUUCAUCACCCUCGCCACUAUCCUUCUCAAUCUCAACAUCCUCAACACUAUCAUCGUUAAGAUCGUCAAUUCUUUAUCGAAUUUAUUCGAGAUUGCUACAUCGGGCGUUCCAGACAAAUAUUUUUCGGAUUUUAUAUCUACAUUAAAGGGUGUUAGCACAGUAGCUGUUGUAAAAUACAUUGGUACUCCGCACCGCGCACUCGCUUUAGGUAUCGCACCGAAACACGAUGAAAAAUUAGAAAUAAGUUAUAUAGAUGUACAUAAUUAUAAGGAAAUAAAACAUAUCAUAAAAGCUGUGAGUAUUACAAUAUUUACUAAUUUUAAUGUACUUGUUGCUGAUGUAAUUAUACCUAAAUAUUUUUCUAGAGAUGUGUAUUACGAAAUUGUAUGUACUAUUGAUUCGGAGAUGCUUUUUGGUGAUUUUAGUUUUGGAAAAAUCGCGUCCUCUUCUUAUGGGAUUGUAAAAUCCGUUAGCUUAGGACUGAAUCUAGUAGUAGUAUGAAGACUGAGCAGUACUAACGUAUAGUUAAAUGUAUUUGGUUUCGUUUCGACUUAGAUCUGGUGCUUGUAGGUCGAUCUUUAAGGCUGGGUUUUGUAAAUAGGAGUUAUUGCGCCUUUUACACUGUUAGACGUUCGUUCCACACUGACGCCUGCGGUGGAGCUACAGACAAAUGGGAUAUCAUACGGACUGUUAAACGUAUUAAAAAUA